UGAAAGUGGUGCGUACAGCGCAUAUGGCGGAGAUUAGCAUAAACAGAACCUCCUUUCUCUGUCUGUCCCCAUUUUAUUAAUAUUAUUAUUUUCUCUAACUUCUCCUCAUCUCACAACUUAAGCCAUUAUAUCCCUCACUCUCACCUUCUCUCCCUCUAUAUCUACUGCAUUCAGGGUCCAGGAAGUAGUUUUCAUUUCUCUGCAAGGAGUAGAAUUUUCUUCAAUGGCUUCAAAGAAGAGAAAGGAAUCACCUGAGAAGGAAGAGGAGGAAGAAGAAGAGCGUGUGAAGCGUAGAUGUUCUUCCGAAACUAGUUUUCCUGAUGAGUUCUUGAAACGAAUACUGGAUUUCGUACAGUGUCAUAAGGAUAGAAACUCAGUUUCUUUGGUGUGUAAAGGUUGGUAUGAAACUGAAAGAAUAAGUAGAACAAGUUUGUUUAUUGGGAAUUGUUACUCUAUUUCACCAGAGAGAGUUGUCAAGAGAUUUCCAAAUAUACGAAGUGUUACACUUAAAGGGAAACCUAGAUUCUCAGAUUUUAAUCUGGUUCCACCUAAUUGGGGAUCUGAUCUUCAUUCAUGGUUGGUUGCUUUUGCUUCAGCUUAUCAUUGUUUGGAACAACUUAAGCUUAAGAGAAUGACUGUGACUGAUGAAAGCCUGGAGUUUUUAGCUCAUUCAUUUCUUAAAUUUAAAGCUAUAUCUCUUGUUAGCUGUGAUGGGUUUAGUACUGAAGGAAUCGCUUCCAUUGCUACUUAUUGCAGAAACUUGACAGAGCUGGAUAUACAAGAGAACAGCAUAGAUGAUCUAGGGGGGAGCUGGUUGAGUUGCUUCCCUGAUAAUUACACAUCACUGGAAGUUCUCAACUUCGCUAAUCUUCAGAGCGAAGUCAGCUUUGAUGCUUUGGAGAAGCUUGUAACCAGGUGCAAGUCGUUGAAGGCUUUGAAAGUGAAUAGGAACAUUACAUUAGAGCAGUUGCAGCGUUUGCUCGUCCUUGCUCCUCAACUGAAGGAGCUCGGGACUGGUACCUUCUCUGAAGAGCUUACCCCUGACCAACUUACAGAACUUGAAAAUGUGUUCAACAACUGCAAGAAUUUAGAGACACUAUCGGGUUUGUGGGAAGCCAGUUCACUCUUCCUCCCGGUAUUAUACGCAGCCUGCAGCAACCUAACUUUCUUAAAUUUAAGCUAUGCUCCCUUGGAGAGUGAAGAGCUGGCUAAGUUUCUUGAACAUUGUCCAAAUCUACGACGCCUCUGGGUGUUAGACACAGUAGAAGACAAAGGCCUAGAAGCCGUUGCUUCCCACUGUCCACUGCUUGAGGAGCUCCGUGUAUUCCCUGCAGACCCCUCUGAUCCAGACGUUGUACUUGGGGAAAAUAUUGGUGUGACAGAUGCUGGUUUCAUUGCUGUAUCCCGUGGCUGUCCAAAACUUCACUACGUUCUAUACUUCUGUCGGCAGAUGACAAAUGCUGCUGUGGCUACUGUGGUUCAAAACUGCCCUAAUUUUACCCACUUCCGUCUCUGCAUCUUGAAGCCUUGCCAGCCUGACUACACGACUAAUGAACCAAUGGAUGAAGCUUUUGGUUCAGUAGUCAAGAGAUGUACUAACCUCACGAGGCUUUCUGUCUCAGGCUUACUUACGGAUUUGGCAUUUGAGUACAUAGGGAAGUAUGCGAAAAACUUGGAAUUCCUAUCAUUGGCAUUUGUGGGCAGCUCUGACAAAUCAAUGCAGUGUUUGAUGAGUGGAUGUCCUAAGAUGCGGAAGCUUGAGAUAAGGGAUUGCCCUUUUGGAGAUGCAGCACUUCUGUCAGGGCUAGAUCGGUAUGAAUCAAUGAGGUCACUCUGGAUGUCAGGAUGCAAUUUAACAAUAGAUGGUUGUCGAAAACUGGCCAAGGAAAAGCCAAAACUAAACAUAGAGGUGAUAAAGGAGGAAGAAAGUGAAGACGAUGUACAAGCUGAGAAGGUUUACAUUUAUCGUACAGUUGUUGGACCCAGAAAAGAUGCGCCGCCUUUUGUUCUCACUCUCGAGUAAUUCAGAUGAUACGGUAAACUUCUCUCUGCUCCUCUCUUUUUCUUUGAAUGAGAGUAGGUUAGAAUGCGACUAAAUGUAAUUUACCAAAGCCACAAUCCUCCUCACCACAAGUCAUGGAAGAUUUGUUUAAACAUUUUCAUUAGACUAGCUAGCAUUUUUAUUUUAAGUUUAAUUUGUAUUUGAAUUUGAGGCUUUGCUAGAGAUGAGCUACUACUUAAAAACCAUUUUGUGAUCAGUGUAAUCACAUUGCAUUGUCAUCAAUAAAUCACCCUUUUCUAAAA